AUGAUGAUGAUGUCUCUGAACAGCAAGCAGCCUUUCGCCAUGGCCCACACCAGCUUGCCCGAACCCAAGUACUCGUUGCAUUCCUCCUCAUCCUCCACUCUGACUUCCAAUGCACCCUCGUCCUCCUGCUCGUCCUCCCGACACAGCAGCACCAUCAUCAGCAGCAGCGGCGGCAGCAGCUCGGAGGCGAUGCGCAGAGCCUGUCUCCCAACCCCACCGAGCAAUAUAUUCGGAGGCUUGGAUGAGAGUUUGUUGGCCCGGGCUGAAGCUCUAGCGGCGGUGGAUAUAGUCUCGCAGACCAAGAGCCACCACCACCCUCCACAUCACAGUCCCUUCAAGCCGGACGCAACCUACCACACCAUGAACACUCUCCCCUGCACCUCGUCUUCCUCCUCCUCCUCCUCGGUGCCUAUUUCUCAUCCGUCCGCCUUGGCUGGCCACCACCAUCACCACCACCAUCACCACCACCACCAGCCUCACCAGGCGCUGGAGGGGGACCUGCUGGACCACAUCACUCCGGGACUGGCACUAGGAGCCAUGGCAGGGCCGGAUAGCUCGGUGGUUUCCACGCCUGCGCAUCCUGCCCACAUGGCGGGCAUGAACCACAUGCACCAGGCGGCCAUCAACAUGGCUCAUGCCCACGGGCUACCACCGCACAUGGGCAUGAGCGACGUGGACGCCGAUCCAAGGGACUUGGAAGCCUUCGCGGAGCGGUUUAAGCAGAGACGGAUCAAACUCGGGGUUACCCAGGCGGAUGUAGGGUCAGCUUUAGCCAGCCUGAAGAUUCCUGGGGUGGGCUCCCUCAGCCAGAGCACCAUCUGCCGAUUCGAGUCCCUCACGCUCUCGCACAACAACAUGAUCGCGUUGAAGCCCAUCCUGCAAGCGUGGCUAGAAGAAGCCGAGAAAUCACACAGGGAGAAACUUAACAAACCCGAGUUAUUCAACGGCGCGGAGAAAAAGCGGAAGCGCACGUCGAUAGCCGCGCCGGAGAAGCGAUCGCUGGAGGCCUACUUUGCCAUCCAGCCGCGUCCCUCCUCGGAGAAAAUCGCAGCGAUCGCAGAGAAGCUGGACCUGAAAAAGAACGUGGUGCGGGUCUGGUUUUGCAACCAGCGACAGAAACAGAAACGAAUGAAAUACUCUGCAUGCGUCUAA